AUGUCAAUUAAUCUUAACAACACUUAUCAUUCACUUGAAGAGGUCAAAAAGCAACGAAAAGGCUUAGAGAAAAAUGCUAUUAAGAUUAAUUGCAGAAUAAAACUACUUCAGCAGGAGGAACAAAAAGCCAUGAGAGCAAUUAAAACAGCAAAAUCUAAACAAAAACAAAUAAUUGCAUCUCGGCGAUAUAACGAUCUUACUUACUUACUUAAAGAAUUAGAAGGCGUCUGCCAUUUUGAUUACGCAGUCACCAAGGACCCAAUAUUUAGGGUUCACCUGCUUUGCGCCGUCUUCAGCUUUAUCCUAUUCCUCUCCUUGCAGCUUGAGUGUUGAGUGGGUGGGCUAUGGACUUUUGCGGCUUGCUGCUUGAGUUGUACGAAGUUGACCACUCAAAAAUCCCAAAAAAAUGGAAUUUCUGGUGACCUUUCGACAAAAAGGAAAAAUCCAAAUCCUGGGGCGUAACUCCCAGUUUCACGCUAGGCAGUUACCCGAUUGGUCUAGGUGCUCCCUGUAGACCUUGCUGGGCUUGCCCUUUCCAAACUUGAACCCUCCCUCCCUUCGAAUUAAAAUCCAUUCCAGUGGUUGAACAUGAACCAGGCUCUGCCCUGCAGAUUUGCUUACCUGGCAUUGUUGCUCAUUUCCAGAAUGGCAAAACCUUGCCGGAUAUAAUUAAAAUAUGUGCUCGGAAGCUGUAUGGCCGGAAGCUGUAUGGCCGGAGGCCAUGCUAGGUGGAGACGCCAUAUUUUAAUUGUGAUAUAACGAUCAACUCUCAAAAACUAAAAUGCAGUGAGAAAACUGGAAGCAGCAAGAAAUGAUGAGAAACAAAGAAUGGAUUAGAUCGUUUAGGAAUGAGAGAGAAAAAAAUAAAUUACAAAAUGAAAAAGCAAUUUUAGAUGCUAGAAAAGAAGCUUACAAAAAAGGUAGAGAAAUAAGAGACUUGAGCCUAAAACGAAAAAAUGAAAUAAAACUAGAAAUUAUCGCUAUAAAUAAAGAAAGAUCUCAAAGUGUAAAACUAAAUGAGAAAAAAAUUCAAGAAACAUUAGAAACUUGGGGGACAGUAAAAGUCCAAGUUGGAAAAGAUGAUUAUCUGAAGAGGGUUGAAAAAGAAGCUGCUAAGAAGAAAGAAGUAGAAAUGAAAAUACUAGAAAUGGAAAUGCUGGAGUCUGAAAUUAUAGCGAAGCUAGAAAUGACAAAAGAAAUGCAAAAAAUAACAGCGGAUGAGCUUCAAUGGGUCACUGAGAAUAAAGAGCUUUAA